AUGUCCCACGCGGAGUCUGGACAGUGCUCCUGCGUCUCAGAGGAGCAGGGCAAACCAAAAGACUUUGACAUCCUCACGACCGCCACUCCCGUGCAGAUCAAGCGGCUGUUCGGCAGCUGCCGCAUCAUCGGCAAGCGCUUCCCCAUUGUGCAUGUGUACGCGGACGGGGCCUGCCUUGAGGUGUCCAGCUUUGGCACGCGAGCCAACCGCGAGCUUAUCCCUCAAGAUGCAGCCGCCUUCCUGCCGCGCCACAAGCCCCACGACAAGGGGAAGGCCGGGAGGAAACCCGGGGCGGGGAUGCCCGCGGCCGCCGGCGCGCGGCCGGAGGUGCUGUGGGCGUCAGCGCGUGUGGACAACGCGAUGGCGCGCGACUUCACCUGCAACGCGAUCAUGUUCGACCCGUUCUCCGCGCUGCUGCUGGACUAUGCCGGCGGCUUCCGCGACUGCCAGCGCCGCGUCCUGCGCACCGUAAUCGACCCCGAGACCUCGUUCAGCGACGACCCCGCCCGCAUGUUACGGGCCGUGCGCCACGCCGCGCGCGUCGGGCUGACGAUAGAGGAGAAGACGGGGCAGGCGAUGGUGGGGAAGGCGGGCGAGGUGCUGAAGCUGCCGGGCUCGCGGCUGCUGAUGGAGGCGCAGGCGCUGUUCAGCUACGGGGCAGCUGCCGCGUCGCUGCGCCUGCUCUGGCGCUACCGCCUGCUCGACCUCCUCGUGCCCCCCCUGGCCGAGCGCUUCACGCGCAGACGGCUGCCCCGGAAUCCACGGCGGCCGGUCUCCGAGCCAGUCCUGGAUCUCUUGGAGCAGCUAGAUGCGAAAAUGCAGCCGCACUUGCCCAUUGACUGGACGGUGUGGGCAGCAGUGAUGGUGGCGCCGCUCGUGACAGAUGCACUGGGGGCAGCCCAACGGGCAAAGCGCGCCAAGGCUGGAAGCAAGCAGAGGAGUGGAAAGCAGGGCCCUGAUCGUGUGGAGGCCUCCAAGGCAGAGGAGGAAGAUGGAGGCUGCUCUAUCUGCAAAAGGAGCGCGGAUGUCCUUGAGAAGGAGGCAAAGUUCAGGGGCAUAGUGGACGACACUGUGCGCAGCCUGAUACUAGCGUCAAGCGGCGGGGCAGAGGUGAAGGGCAUGAUCCCUGUGGGACAAUGGCAGAAGGUUGGCAGCCUGCUUGUGGGCCUCAUGGACUCUGUGGAGCUUCCCUCACUGCGCGACAAUGCUUGUGAGGACUGUCAGGCUGACUUGGCGAGAAAAGCCUCCUUCGGAAGUUUUGGAAGCAAGGACCCCGCGCGGCAACUGCUUAUAAAUGUGCUUGGUGGUCAAGCGCUCCAGUGGCUUGACAUAAGAGCGGCGUUGUAG